AUGAAGUCUGUCAGAAAUUCAGAAAAUUUGGUCGUCCUGCUAGCAUUAAUGGCGGUUAGUAUCCAUCUCGUGGCUGGAGCUACGUUAGAUGAUAUGCAAAGAUUACAAACACAACUUUUUGCAAACUAUUCAAACAUACCACGGCCUGUUUAUAACCAAAGUGAGACGGUACAAGUUGGUGUGCAGAUGUACCUUAUGUCAAUCAUUCAGGUUGACGCCGUGUCCAGCUUAAUUGAGUUGAGUACGGGAGCGAUGAUCACAUGGUCAGACUACAGGCUUGCAUGGGAUCCAAACGAUUACGGUGGACUCACUUCAUACAGUGUAGAUCCAAACACCAUCUGGUAUCCGGGCCUCUUCAUCACCUCUACAUCCGACGAUCUUGAACAGAUUGGAAAUAACGAUUUUCACGUAGAUAUACUUUCGAAUGGAACGAUAACAUGGAUCGUAGGUAAAUUAAUUAUGUCGUCAUGUAAUGUCGAUAUGACAAGCUUCCCGAUGGAUACCCAAAGAUGUACUGUUAUUCUAAUGCCAUGGGGUUACACAGCAUCAGAGGUCACGGUAUACCCCGUCAGCAGAAGCAUCAGCAUGGACUUUAGUAGUGCUAAUGGUGAGUGGAGUAUCGAAAGUACUUCGGUUAGCGAGUACGACUUAUUCAUGCCAUAUUAUUCAUCUCUUGCGGUUCAGUUGACUCUUAAAAGGAAAUCAACUUAUUUCGUUAUUUCGUUGAUCUUGCCUAUGAAUCUGCUCGGCUUCCUCGUUCCAUUUGUCUUUCUUCUCCCUGCAUCCUCUGGGGAACGUAUAUCUUAUAUCAUAACAAUGUUCCUCUCCUUGGCCGUGUACAUGACAAUUGUAACAAGCAUGAUCCCACAGGUGUCCGACCCAAUGGCUGGAAUAACAUACUACACCUUUGUGUCUCUGGCCUUCAGUUCAGGAAUAGUCUUUCUGACGAUUUUCACAUUAAGAUUCGAAGCUCUGGACGACGUGGGCCAGUUUCCUAAAUUUAUCGUAUGGACAGUGAAAAAGUUAUUCAUGUGUUGCAACAAAAAACGAAGAAGAACUCAAAUAGAAGAUGGAAAAACAGGAAGAAAUGAGGGUGAAUUUGAUGAAUGUGAAACGGAAACAAAACUCACCAAGGCGAUAAUGAUGAAAUAUAUCGACAUGGUUCUUUUCAUAUUCACAAUGGCUGUACCUUUAAUUGUCAAUAUUUUUUUCAUACCACUUUGUUGGUGA